CAAUAGCCGUUAAAAAUGAAACAAUACAAUUUAAAGAAAGUUCAAUUCAAUUUUUCAUUAUUUUUAAACUCAACUUAUAUAAUUCUCUUUUUUUUUUUAUUCAAGGAGGAGGUGACACCAAUAGCGGUUAAAACUGAAACAAUAAAAUUGAAGGAAAGUGCUCGGAAAUCCAUAAAUACUAGAAGAGAUAUUGCAGCCAUAAGAAGUUCAGAGUCAUGUGAACCAAGUACUUCUAGAAAUAAUUCUUCUCAUAUUCCAAACAGUAUUCCUAAUCAUGUAAAUUCAACUACGGCCAAAGCAUUCAAUAAAAAAGAAAAAUUCACUGCACGCAAGUCUAUGUAUUCAUCACAUUCACCUCAAAAUAGUUUUUCAGAUAGCAACAAUAGAAAACAAACUCUUGACACAAAAACUAUUGUCUUAACUGAUAAACCAUUUCAGGACACGGAUGUUCAUUCCUUACCUAUUGAAAUACAUGUUACUGAAUCUAAAAGCUCAAAAAAGUUACUUCUUAACAAUAAAGCUGCUACGACUUCAUUAAAUACACCGAAGGACGAAUUACCUUUUGCUAAGUUGAAGGAAAGGGGCAUAAGUAUUAGCUCAAAUGUAAAAAGUGAUAAAAGGAGUUCUAGUGGUGCAAUUACAACAAAUAGUGAUAACAAUACGGGAAAAUUAACCACAAAUGCUCAGUUAAAUUCUAAUAUAUUAAAUGGCGUGUUUGAAAAUCAAACUCUUACAAAUAACGCACAAUGCAAUAAACGCGUGCAUAACUCCACAAAAUUUGAUAAAGAUGUGCCUUUAAGUUGGUCUAAAAAGAGAAAACUCUCUGAAAAUGAUGAAUCUAAACCUAGAUCUGUGCCUGAAUCACGGGUACAUAAAAUAAUAGUUAAAAAUAUUGAAUCUACGGCCGGGAGUCAAUUUAAGUCUGAUUCAUCUAUGUCUAAUGAUUCUAAGCUUGAAAGUCAAACUAAAUCUGAACUGAAUAAGAAAUUAACUACAAAAAAAGAAUCUGUUAGUCAAAGUAAACAUGAAUUGUUUAAGAUUAAACCCAUUUCAACUGAUAUGAAAGCUCAAAGCAAGAGAACCUCAUCAUCAAUCAAUCUGAAUUCUGAAGCAACUGAUAAUGAAUUGAAGGGAAAACUCUCUAAAAAUGAUGAAUCAAAACCUAGAUCUGUACCUGAAUCACUGGAACGUAAAAAAACAGUUAAAAAUAAUGAAUCUUCAGCCGGAAGUCAAUUCAAGACUGACUCAUCUACUAAUAGAAAACUGCCUAUGUGCAAUGAUUCUAAGCUUGAAAGUCAAUCUAUAUCUGAACUCAAUAAGAAAUUAACUACAAAAAAUGAAUCAGUUAGUCAAAGUAUAUGUGAACCAUUUAAGAUUAAACCCAUUUCAACUUAUACGAAAGCUCAAAGCAAGAUACCCUCUUCAUCAGUCAUUCUGAAUUCUGAAACAACUGAAAGGGAGGGCAGAUUUCUUUCAUCCGGACACAUCAUUACUGUGUCAUCCGAUGGAAUUGCGGAAAUCAAAUCUGACAAAGAAUUGGUCUCGCUUGAUGCUGAUGUAAUUUUCUUGGAUGCACCAGAAAAAACUAAUGCUGCAGGUUCAUCUACUGAUCGCAAAUCACCGAUUGCUGGAAAUAAAACUGCUAGUGAAGUAGUCAACAACUCAACAAAGUCUGCCAGUUUUCAAGAUGUUAUACACAUUCUAGCCUCUAAACCUAUACCAGCCUCUGAGAAAGUUGAACAGUAUCUUCUUAGCAAUUCUACACUGACUGAAACAGCCGUGAGACAGCCUAAAGAGGUUACUUCGCCUAAGCUCUCUUUAAAGAGGAAGAGGCAAGAAGAGGGUGAACAGUUGAAUUCCGCCAAGAAAGGUCUCUUUUCAAAUGAAGGGUCAAAAGAGAUUUUGGCAGAGCGACCAAGUCAUAAUGAAGAUCCUACAUCUUCUGCUAAUAAAGAGAAUAAAUCCAUUGCAGUGAACUACUCUGCUAAUAGAGACGCAAAACAUGACAUACCCGGACCUUCUCACGAAACGUGUUCGGUUGAAUCAAACAAGCAAAAGUUUGAAAUGUUGAUGGAUUUUGUGUUGAUGGAGUCGCGCUUAUCGAGUUGGGAAGAAAAAUCGCAAAUGAGACAUAAUUUUUUCAAAUCGUUAGAGAAGGCAUCUGAGCAGUUUAUUUCUAGUCUAGACUUCAGUAAUUUAAUCGAUACUAUAUUUGCAAACAUAAGAAAACAUCCCCAUAAAAUAAGUCAAUUUCUCCUCGAUCUAAGAAUACAAUUGAGAGAAAAUAGAACUCACGACCAGUGUGAAGUCGAAUCACCAUCGAAAAACAAAGUUAUCAAGAAUGUGCCCUCUGGAAAUUCUGUUGUCUCUGAACCUGAUUUUAAGAAACGAGAGACAUUAGAAAUGCCAUCUCGGUCAUUGUCUGAUAAAAAAACUGAAAAAAAUUUCAACGUUCAUAAUCUGAAAAAAUCCGAAUCUAUGAAGUCUGAGAAAAAAGUACGUCUUUCUGCCAUUCCGAUAUUAUCAGCUGAGGAAGCUCAGAAGAAAUUAGAUGAAAAAAUUUCAAAAUUAGAUAAUCAUAUGGAAAAACUACAUAAAAAAUUAAAGAUACUUCAGGCAAAAGAAUUAUCACUGGAUGACCUUAACGAUGAGGACUCUACCUACAUUCUAGAAGACAGAUAUAAAAAGAGGAUACUUGAAAUUCAUAAAACAUGGUGCAGAUUGAAAAAUCAAUCGGCACGCUUAAAGUUUGAAAUGGAAAGAAGAUAUUUUUUUAAAGGAACUAGAUAUCAUGAAAUCAAUCAAGCUGUAGAGAAUUUAAUUAAUAAACGGAAAAAAGUUGAUAAGUUUCCAAGUUAUGUAGACAUCUUCAACCUAGUGAAAGCAACUAAUGAAUCAAUCAAUCUUGGAAUAAAAGAGUCUGAAUAUUCUAGUUUAGCUCGUGAUAUAUUUGAAGAAGUUGGUAAUGAAUUGAAAAAGAGGCGAAGAAAGGACGAAGAGUAUAAUUUUGGUUGUUACUUAACAGAUGAUGUUAAAUUGGAAGAAGAUCCUGCUGAAGGAGAUGAAGAAUUAAAGAUGAAACUAACAAAUAGUGUGAUUCAAGGAGAACAAAAGCUCAAAGAACUUAUUGAAAAAUAUGCUGCACAACAAGAAUCUGUAGGAAGUGAAGAAGAAGCAAACGUAGAAGAGGGAAGUGAACAAGAAGAAGCAAAUGCUGAUGAUGUAAGUGAACAAGAAGAAGCAGACAACGAAAGUGAACAAGAUGAUGCAAAUGACAAAAGGGAACAAGAUGAUGCAAAUGCAGAAUAUGAUGAUGACAACUUGCCAUCCACAAAUCCUGCCACUCCAACUGCUGAAGCUGCUGCAAAAAUGCUGAAGCCAGGUGAACCAACAUCCAUCAUUCAGAAACGCGACAUCAACGUGGUGACUGUAGGUUCCGACUCGGAUGUGUCUACCGAUCCCGGAUUUCAUAUUGAAAAGAACAAUUUUAAUACCACCCUUACUGUAGAUAGUGACAAUUCCUGUGAUCUUCCUCCUAUAGAUAUCCCAUUUUAUUAGGGAUAAUAUGAAAUAUAAUCCCAUUUUGAUGAAAAAAAGUUUUUUAAUAGAUAUUUUCUAUUUUUAUAUAUCUAUUAUUUUUGUAUAUAUAAUGUAAAGUGAAUCAUAAAAGUCAUAUGCUGUUUGUGUAUCAUAUAAUUAUAAAACAAUCUUUGUUGGUGUGAUAAAAUGUUUAUUAAUUUAUUGAAUUAAUUCAUUUAAGUUUGGAUGUUUCAUUUAUAGUUUCUAUGGUAAGUAAUGAUAACUAUUUUAGUGGACAUAUUUUUUAUACUAUUUAAAAAUAUCUCGGGGGUCUGUCCGGGCCAAAUUUACUGCCGUUACCUUCACAAAUUCAACUUUAGGAAAAACAGUAGUUUCACAAAAUACUUUUUAUUAAAAUUUUAUUUUUGUAUCCUGUAAGAAACAAUAAAUUUAUUUUUUUGUGUUGAUUUUUUAAUAUACUUAGCUGCCAACUCUACUGGAUUUUGCCAGUUUGUCCUGGUUUAAUAAAAAUUCUCCUGGUUUUUAUGCAUUUUAGAAAAUUCGCUAACAUUAAGUAGUUUCAUUUAAAAAAAAAUCCCUAUUGAGAUUAUUGCUUGCUUGAAUAUUUAAUUGUCACUAAUAAAGCGAGCCUCAUUAACAAAAUUCAGUUACUUAUCUUUGAAUUAAAUUACUAUUCAAAAUUAUGUACAAACAUAAUGCAUUACAUUUGAAGACCAUCUAAUGUGAAAUCAUAACUGGAAAAUAUUGCAGUUUUUCUAUUUCUAUAAAAUUCCCUUUGUGCAAAAUAUUUAGUAUAUUUUGCAACAAUUCUCAUGAAAUUUAUAUUAUUUCGUAAAAUCUAUUGGAUUUCAUUCUAUCUGUGUUGGCAGUUAUGAAUAUAAUUUUUAAUUUUCAGAAAAACCUAGACAGACCCCUGUAUCUAUAUUCAAUGUCACUAUAAUUAUUAUGUGCCGUUAACCAAGGUUAAUUUGAACAACCUUUUUCGUAAUUUCACUAACGUAUUUAAUAAAAAAUAUAACAAUAUCCUUAAUUCAGUUUUCACCAAUUAACUAAGUAUAAAGAAAUCAACUGUGCAAUUUGUUUGCAUAAUUUCCCCCCUUUUAUAUUUUUUGCUAUUUAUAAAAUUUUGGUCCUAAGUAGGAGAUACUUUUUCAGGUUACUUUUGCUCAAGGUCUCUUUCGACUUAUUUUAUUAAAAUUCGCACAUAAAUUUGCUAAUAAAAUGUCCCUACAUUAUCAGCAAUAUGUAUAUAUAUGCAUGUAUGUGAGUGUUAAUAAAAGAAAAGAAAAAAAAUUAUAAUAAUAAAAUCUUAUAAAAUUUUUUACAAAAAUAUUUAAGAAUUUUAUUAAUGUUUCUAACUUACCCCUUGCCUCUCUGAGUGCAUGACCUGCCUUAUAAUACUUCUGCUGGUAUAUAUAUUUACUAUUAAAAAUUAUGACAUAGUUGAGUUUUUACGAGUCACAAAUAUUGCUGUUUAUUUAAAUUUUCAUUCGUUAAUAUAGCAAUGUUUUUGUAUAAUGUCUAGCAUUCCCUACCUGUGGAAUACUAAAAUUUACUGGAUUCUUUUAUCUUUCUUGUAUUCACGUUAUGAAAACAUUGCAAUUGCUUUAUUUUUUUUACUUUUGUUAUGUUGUAACAUCCCCAUCCAUUGUCAAGGUUUUCUGUUAAAAAUGUUCAAAUUCUUGUGUAUUUAUUUCAGCGUGAUAUUUUAAUAUCAUAUAUGGCUGCAGACCAAAUUAUUUAAAAAAAUUUUUAAUGUUUUUAAUUGAAAAAAACUUAUGCUUAUAAUUUACAUGAUUAGUGAAACAUUUUUUGACUAGCCAAAAUGUAUAGAGUGUUUAUUUAUUAAAAGGACGCCAUACUGUGAAAGAAAAUUUUUAUCGCAAAUUUUCUUUCUCCUUCAUUACUAGUUUAAAGUGAAGAAAAAGCAAGUUCAGGCAAACCUAGAGUAAGUCAUGAUGUUUCAAUUGCUGAAAAAAAUACUUCAAAAUAUUAAGAUGCAAACAAAUUAUUACAAGAUAACUCCAUUGCGUAAUACUAAGCUAUUAUCUCGUAAUUUAUUUUCAUCUGUAUAUUUUAAAAUUUUCUCUUCAGUAUUUGCACUAGUAUUUAAUACUUCAUGGCUUACUCUACGCUUGUCUGAACUCACUUUUUCUAUACUUUAAAUUUUAUGUUAUUAAUGUAAGAGAAUUUGCGGCCCAAAUUUUCUUCUGCGGUAUGGAGUCCUCUCAAGCCACCAGAACUGUAUCAAAUGUGUUUUUAAAUCUUGAGUAAUUUGUUGGAUACCACAAAUGUUUACCUUUAAUUAUUCAAAAAUUGAAUAUUUCUUUAGUUUCAAUUUCUGAUCAUUGUUCUUCUCAAUUGUGUUCCUUUUUCUAAUCUUGAAAACUAUAUUAUCUUUACUGUCGCAGGUAUAAGCUUUGACUUAAAUGAAUAACUCCAAAACUGUAGCAAAAAGAAUUCUAUUUGCAAGAACAUUUAUGAAAACAUUAUUUAUUUUCUCCGCAUAUUGGUUAUUCCCAUUUUGUCCCGAUUAUGAUAAUUUUUGCACUCAAAUCAUUGUUGAUUUAAAUAAGAAUUUUAAUAUGGAAUGAUAAAAGUUGUAUUUUUUUUAAGUGGAUAAAAGAGAUAAGAGUUUAAUUUAUACAGAAGGAAAUACUUGUAUAUUGAACCUUUUUGUGUUCAUAAACUAUUUAUUGUUUUUUAAUAAAAUAAAAUAAUCUAUGAUUUGCUGAAAAGCAUUCUGUUCAGAAACUGAAAUUUUUAUGUGUAUUAAUCUGAAAAGGUUGUUAAAAAAAAAAAACUGCUUAAUAUUUGAAUUGGCUAUUGUUAAUAUAUCAAAAUAUAUGCUACAGUGCUUGAAGUUCUAGAAUUUUUCAAUUUUCAUUUAUAAUUCAUAUUAAAUUUUAUUUGUUUCAAUUUACAAUUUAUGAAAGAAUAGUUUUAAUUAUUUUAAACCUUUUAUAAAGAUACUAUGCAAUUAAAUACUAUGAUACUGUUACUACAAAAUUCCAAAUAAAGGGACACCAUUAUUA